AACGGUCCUGUCCUGUCUCCCCAAGGUUACCCAAACAUUGUUGCAACAUACGGUCGUGGAUACACUGGAUUCGCCCCAAGCUACAGCUACCAGUUCCCUGGUUUCCCGGCAACGGCUUACGGACCGGUGGCAGCGGCAGCGGUGGCAGCAGCACGAGGCUCAGGGUUCCCCGAUUAUGGUUUCUAUUCCUCGCCCAGCGAUCACCGGGGGGCCCCCUUCUCGUUCGCGGACUAUGCCUCCCUGGGGCCCCAGGCUGCUCAGAUGCUACAAAGUGAGCAUGCCGCCUCCUCCAGCAACUCUCCCCUCCACCACCUGCCCAGCCCGGAUCAGUUUAAGAACCCAGGCACCAACCACGUCCGGCCAGGCGGAUUCCCCGGCGCCAACAGCCCAGGGCCUGUCGCUGACCUCUAUGGCACCGCCAGCCAGGACUCGGGCGUCGGUAACUACAUGAGUGCUGCUAGCCCCCAGCCAGGAUCCGGCUUCGGGCACAGCAUUGCACAGAGUAUAUCAGGAGGCCCAGGCAAGGCGGGGAGAAGUUUCUAGUUGGUUCUGCAUACAGAUGAUGUCAUCAAACUCCAAGCACUACAGCAGACCAAUGGAAAUGGGAAACUGGAGGUGGCAGGCAGCGGGAACGACGUCAAAAUCAUCUCAUCAAAUCUGCUGUAGUAUAUUAUAAAGCUGGCUUUUUAUUUCUCGAACUCUCAGAUGAAUCAUAUUACCAUUGCUGUUCCUUGCAGUAAUUUAAGUAGUGCUAGUGAUGGGAGUAGCAUCAUAGUUUUGGUUAAGUUUUAUUUUUUUUAUAUAUAUAUUUUUUGGUGUAUCUUACUUUAAGCUUAUAUAGAUGUUAGAGCAUAUCUGUUUAACGACUUGCGCUAUUUUCUUUAUAUAUUGUUUUGGGGCUUAAUGUGUUUUGAAACGGUUACAUUUAUUAUUUGAACUUUGGUACUGAUUCUUAAACUUUCAGGUGUUGUCUUUGCACACAUUAAACACACUGACAGAGACGUAGAUCAAUGGGGCGUGGAAACAAGUAGGCUGUUAUAUUCAAGUGAAAAAGUGAGAGGGUUGCUGACUAACACACCUACGUAGUUCUGUUUGGUUUUUUUUUAAUGUGACGUCUCGUUGUUAACCAUAAUGAUCUAUUUUCGGCAAUAAGGAGAGGACUACAAUAUUUUCAUGGUCCUUUUUUUUCUAUAAGUGUUUUGGUUGUUUAAAAAAAAAGUGAUAUUUGUGAAAAAAAAAUAUAUAUAUAUAAAUAUAUAUAUACUGUAAAUAUUCCAGUUAACUGCAUAUAAACUAUUAAGAAAAAAAAAAAGAGAUGCACCAUAUUUUUGUGAUGCUGUACGUCAAAGGCUGUGCUCAGAGCGGGGAAGAAAACAAAAACCGGUUUUUUGAACGCUCUGAACAGUUAAUCAAAUUCGUUGUUAGCACAGAGGCCUGGACUGCCGCAUAAAGAAUUAGAAAAAAAGAAAAAAACACACAGUUAGCUUGCUUUGUAUAUACGCAAGGCCUAAUAACUGUACUAGCGUCAUACCAGCAUAUGAACCGGUUUAUAAGUUCAGACGUGAACUGAUACGAGAGGUUACAGCGAAGUUAUACGCCAGAACUAACUGUGUUUGUUGGCGGUUGUUUUUUUAUUUAUUGUUAUUAUUAUUAUUAUUAUUAUUAUUAUUAUUAUUAUUAUUAUUAAACAAGUCGUUUUUUUAUUUCCCAGACUGAAAACUGCAAGAAGCUAGAACUUCAAUGUAACAUUAUUAAUAAUAUAAAGUCCAAAGCACACUUGUUUUAUGUACGUAAAAACCCGGAAUUAAGAAAUAAAGCAGUUCUUUUUCCACGGUUGCUGUUCACACAUUUCAAACGCUCGCGCUCUUUCUCUCGCCGUUGAGUGCAUCCUCAAAUAUUUAAACUGUUGUUUUUUGCCAGUUUGGUUUCCUUUAAAGAAAAAACUACAAAAAAAGCCAAUGCCUGUUUUCAGCGUCUUUAUAAAGGCAAUAUUUAAAGGUUGUUUAACCUUAAUCCAGUAUGAAUCCUCUUUGAAGAAUUAGGAGGAACGCAAACCUUUUCAUACAAAUACCUCUGUGCUGUUAGUUUCACCAAGGAAGCGUGGAAAGAUUCACUUAUUAUAGACAUGACAAUAGUAAACAGAGUUAGCAAAGAUAACAAACAUCAUUGCACUGUGACUGCUGGAAAGAGCUGAUCGUUUCCUAUUGGCUAAACGUCAGCUGUUUUAGUCUUCGCUACGGGGUGAACUAUGAAGGACUUCAUUCAACUUGUCUUUUUUAUUAUUAUAACUAAAUACACCUGCAGAAGAAUAUACGUCUCACUAGGGGACGUUAAACGAGAUAUAUAUAGUGCUGACGUCUUGGUUUUUGGAUAUAAUAUGGCUAGUUUUAAUAUUUUUUUUAAUUGUUUUAUAAAUGUUGGUAUUUUGGUACAGCCCAUACAAGACACUGACUGCAAUGUUAAUAAAUAAUCAGCUGCUGGGUUUGUUUUAAAUAGUGUGCUAUCUUAGUUGCUGGUAGAGCAAAGGCAUCUUAAAGGGUUUAUAAACUACGGCCAGAUUUUUUUAGAGAAGAUAACGGAAUGCUAGAUGGGUGCAGACGCAGAUUACUUUCCUGCUGGGUUUGUUUGCUUUCUUUUUUCUUUUGGAACAACCAGGUUAAGCAAAAUGCUGGACGCUUUUUAAAUGAUGAACGUGGAGACUUGAUCAAGUAAUAAUAAAGUUAAAUAAUAAGGAUAUUAUUAUUAUUAUUGUUGUAAUAAUAAUAAUAACUGUUCAUUCUGAUUAAAAAAAAAAAAAAAAAAAAAAAAAAGAAAAUAUUCCCUUGUGAGAUUUCACUUUCUAUAAUCAGGGGAUUUUUAUUAAUAUUUUUGUGGUUGUUGAUAAAUAUUAUUAUCAUUAAUAAUACUGUACUGUACAUCCAUCGAAUUCUCUCUUUCCAUUCCCUGUCGCCUCAUCCAAUAAUCUUUUGUUGCUCAUCAAUGUAUUUCAAUAGUGUGUAAAACAAAACAAAAUAUUAUUGUAAAAGAGUGGUGUCUUGAUGCUGAUGUCGUGGUCGUGCCUCUCUCCCACCCUCCUCUCUCUCCUCUCUCUCUCUCUCUAGUAAUUAGUGGUAGGUGUUAUGUACAUUAAGAUUUAAGAACUAGAUGUAGUCAUAGCAGAUUUAGGACCAGUAAGGACAGAACUUUCUCUUAUUAAAAUUAUAAAAAAAAAAAAAAAAAAAAAUGCUAACUAAUUAUUUUAAUAGCAAUUAAUUAUUAUUUUUUUUAUUAGUUUUCUUUGCUGAUCUCACAUGGUUUCAACUAACCAAAGCUCUGACAGAUGAAAAUAUAUAAAUGCUGUAACACUGAAGUAAAAACACAAAAAGGCAUUAACUGGAUCCCUUCCCCUGAAUGUUACAAAGGGGAUGUGCCAUUCUACCUUAAAUGCUAACGCUAGAUUUGAAACAAAACCUUGUUUUAUUUUCAAUUAUUUUUUAAAACGGGGACACAAGCUA